AUGGCCGCUCCGGGAACCUGCACACACACGUGGAAGAUCAUCAAGUCCGACACAAACAUCAUCGUGUGGAACUGCAAUGGCUGCCACUCAGGGCCACAUCCGUUCAUCUACGAAUGCGAAAAAUGCAAGGUGCAGUACUGCCGUCCUUGCACAUCCAAGCCCCGGGCGUAG